UAGUAAUAGUAGUAGCAAUAGUAGUAGAAGCAGUAUAUAGCAAUAGUAGUAUAGAAGUAGUAAUGGUAGAAGCGGCACUAGCAGUGAAAAAUACAGGUAGCAUCAUCAUUCCUCGCAGCUACUUAUCUAUGACAUAACCACUGAUGAACAACAGUGAUAUAACCUCUGACGAAGCCAAUGCAUCAAUGCAUCCUAGCUUACUAUAAUUAUACGUCAUACAAGCGCGACACUAUUAUAUCCAUUCUUCCCCUCAGUUCAUAAUAAUACCGGCAUUCCGUUUGAACUCAUGAUCUUUUCCAUACACAAGUAAACAAUAUUUGGGGCAUUUGUUCUGUGCGAUGGCGGUGUUGGAGAUAUCGUCUAUUGUCACCAUUCCUACUCUAGUUGCCCUGUUCGUCGUGGUCGUACUUUACCUCAUCUACCGGACCAACUCUAGGACUGCUCUAAGGCACCCCCCUGGUCCUUCAGAACUACCCUUCAUAGGGAGUAUCUUCACCCUCCUCUUCACGAAGCUCCAGCAACACGAACUGCUCUUUAAAUGGAGCGGGGAGUACGGCGGGAUCUUCUCCUUCACGCUGGCUGGAGGCCGCGUGGUCGUCCUGAGCGACAAGGAGCUCAUCCAGGAGACUCUACAGGAUCCCUUCGUCAAUGAUAGGAUCCCCUUCCCAGCAUGUAUCAGCAUCUAUGGCAGAGAGAACACAGGAAUUGCCUUUGCUAGCGGGGCUGUGUGGAAGGAACAGCAACGCUUUUUCCUGACCGUCUUCCGCAAGGUAAACACGAGCGUCAUUAGGUUUGAAGACAUCAUCCAGACCCAGGGACAGCGUCUCCUGAACGAACUGGACCGCCUUGAAGGACAACUCUUCGACCCUUCCAAUAUUGUGACGGUUACAAUAUCGAACGUGAUCCUGAAGAUAGUUACAGGAAAGACGUACGAGUAUGCUGAUCCUGGCUUGCUUCGGAUGGCAACGUGUUCAGAUAGACUUGCUGAUAUAAUCGGACCUGCUGGAUUGUUAGGAAUGAUUCCUGGUCUUGCUUCCUUGCCUCUCCCGGCUAAACGUCAAUUAACCGAUCUGAUGCGGGAAAUGAUUGACUUCAUUAGGGAUCAUGUCGAGGAACACAAGGCGAACUUUAACCCUGAUGAGCCAGCGACUGACUUUAUGUCAUGCUACUUGAAAGAGAUAGCCAACAGCUCUGGGAUUCCGGACACAACAUUUGAUGAAACGAACAUGCUCCAAACAUGUUGGGACGCCAUGUUUCCUGGCUACGAAACAACUAUCUCCGCCUUCCGAUGGGCCUUGCACCUCCUCGCAUCGCAUCCUCAAGUUCAGUCACGAAUUCGUCAAGAAAUUUUCGACGCCGUCGGAAGAGAUCGUCUUCCAGCGUAUACCGAUCGUCACAAUAUGCCGUACAUGGAAUCAACCGUCGUGGAAUGCCUCCGAAUGAGACCCGUAAUCCCUUACGUGGCGCCGCAUAUUGUAUCACGUGAUCGCAAGAUAGCCGGAUAUGACGUGGCAGUGGGCACAAGGGUCACGGUCAAUCUAUGGUUUUUGGCGCGAAGUCCCACUUUGUGGGAGGAUCCCGACGAGUUUAGACCUGAACGAUUUCUGGAUGAGAAUGGUUGCUAUGACAGAUCACGUGAGCCUUUAUCAUUCAGCUAUGGCAGACGAACUUGUCCCGGCGAUCAACUAGCCCGGAUGGAGCUCUUCCUCAUCUUGAGCUACAUCCUCCAAAGGUUCACCCUGACUCUCCCGGAUGGAGCCCCAAGGAAUCUUGAAGGAAGCAUGGGGGCUACGUACAAACCUUACCAGUAUGAGCUGCGAGCAACUAAAAAUCACGGAGCGCGUUCGUCCGCAUCGAAUUCAGUCCCAGAAUGAUUGUUGGCAAAGAUGCUUCCAGAAAAAUAACAGGCAAUCGGGAAGAAAGAGGAAUAAUUCGACGAAUGACACUAAUGAUAACGAAAAUGGUGAUAACAAUAAAGAUAAUGAUGAUGAUAAUAAUAACAAUUAUAAUGCUAUUUGAAUUAUAAUAAUAAUGAUGAUAAUAAAUGUAAUCAUAAUUCAUCUCUCUAAACCAAAUGUUCCUCUUUCCACUUUGACAGAGUUUCGUUUCCUAGAACCUACUUUCUCCGUGUCUUAUCUUGAAUAUUUCGUUUGCAUUUUUUGCAUAUAUGAACAACUGUGUACAAAAUUGUCCAUAUUUUGUUUCAUGUAAAGGUCGAAUAAAUCAUGUUAGCAUACAAAAUCAUGAAAAUGGUCCCAAUUUCUUAAGUUCAUAGAAGGUGUGAAGUUGCAUGCAUGCAGGGAUAUGUAUAACACAUUAUUAAUUCAAAUCCAAGCGUGCGCGCGCUAUACAAGAAGCAAAAUCCUCUUUAUUAUACAGCGCGUCCCAGAAAAAACGAAACUGAGAAUUAUCGAUGUUUAAUGAUAACUUUAUCACAAUAAGAAUUAAUAAUUUAUACAUAUUUGUAA